UCAUUGCUUUUUAUCUGCAAGCGCUUCCAGCCACUGAGGCCUUGUGCGCGUGAUAGAUGAUUCACUGACCAACAAACAAAGACAAUCAGCCCGAAAUAUAAACAGUGGAUGGGGGGAAACGCAGCAUACUCAAACAAGCAGAGGGGGAAUUCAUCACUCAUCCGAUGGGGACGUAUUUGUAAAGUGGGUGGCCCAAAGGAGAAGUUGGGGGUUGAUUGACCCCCCACUGAACUGCGAGGAAAGGGAGGAAACGUAGGGGUGGAGUGGAGGAGGAAAACGAGAGGGAGUGUGAAAGAAAGAGGCUGGAUGGACCUUCUGACAAGAGCGUUUAGUUAUGAAAACAAAAGUAUUGUAACAGAUGGCACCCUGGAAACCUCGCAACAGCGGAUUGGAACGAGCCGGCGCAGCUUAUCAGAGUCGACGGAUGACUUAGACGCACACACUUUGGGAUAUAUAAGAUCUCCACAGGAGGGUCUGACACCAACUAGAGUUUGGAGGUAUUUCAACAAAUAUCCAACCAGGUUUUUUGGGGGGUGAAAUCUUCAAAGAUCAGCUCUGAAGAUGGGAAAGUAAGCCUUCAAGGACAAGGCGGAGAUCCUGGUUCUCGCAAUACGUUUGAACCACAACGACUACAAAAAUGGAAACGGCAGUGCCUUUGGGAUUGUUUCACGACAACGUGUCGGUUCUAGGCGCCGCCAUAAACAACGUCUACAUCCAUGAGGACUUCGAUGCGUUCAGCGUCGCCAUGGCCGUGAUGUACCUGGCAGUUUGCGUCGUGGGAUUGGCCGGGAACUCGCUGGUUAUAAUCACCAUCCUAAAGCUGGACAAAAUGUCUUCGGCGACCACCGUCUACAUUUUCAACUUGGCUUUGGCUGAUGGGCUUUUCAUGGUAGGACUCCCGUUCAUCGCGAUCCAAAACUUCCAAGACCAGUGGAUCUUCGGAGAUGCCGUUUGCAAGCUGGUUAUGGUUCUAGACGGCAUUAAUCAAUUCACCAGCGUGUUCUGCCUGACGGUGAUGAGCGUCGACCGCUACAUGGCGCUGGUAGACCCGAUGCGAUUCGCUCGUUGGCGGACGCCACGGCGGGCGAAGAUCAUCGCCGCGUUAAUGUGGUUCAUCUCUUUAUUUCCCGUGCUUCCAAUGGCUAUCAACUUCUCUGAUAACUACGGCUUGUGCACCGUUGACCCUCAUGUCGCAUCCGACACCUGGUGGUUGACCUUUCUCAGCUACACGUUCGUAUUGGGCUUUGCUUUGCCCUUCACCGUGAUGAUCGUGUUUUACACGGCACUGUUGGUGACUCUGAGAAACGCCAGAACGCAAACGUCUUCUUCGCUGGAGAGUCACAGGCUGGAGAAACAGGUUACUAAGAUGGUGGUGGCGGUUGUGUUGGUGUUUGGCGUUUGCUGGCUGCCGUUCUACGUCUUGAACUUUUGCUCUCUGCACCGAACGGAUCUGGCGCUGGAUUUCACACGUGGCUUUGAGUUUGUGGUGCUGCUGUCGUAUUCGUGGAGCUGCGCCAAUCCAAUCCUGUACGCGUGUCUGUCGGAAACCUUUCGCAGGCAUUUCCACGCCCUCCUCUGCCCCCAUAAGAGCUCGCCGACACACUGUGACCGAGACACCGAAGCCUACGUCCUGCGCGACACCAACGUGCAAGGCGUGCUAGCUUAGUGUAUCUAUGUUUUAAAGGGAUAGUUCACUUUGAAAUUAAUUUUUGCUAUGUUUUAUCUUACCUCAAGAG